AUGCCAGUAAGUUUUCUAUUGAAUCAGAUCUUACGCAUUUGUGUGACCACUGGUGUGAACGAACAAACGGCCGCUACUUUACAAUGGCUGCAGCAAUACUUCUACGGCCGCUCCAGUGUUUCCAUAUCCCGAUCCUCUAUGUAUUCAAUGUACGCAACAUUCUGUCAACAGAAUAACUAUCGGCCCUUAAUUAGAAUCCAAUUUCCUUUCGUCACAUCCAAGCGUUUGGGUGCGAGAGGACAGUCUAAAUACCAUUAUUACGGAAUUGCACUCAAAGAUAACUCUCAAUUGACAAGUAAUAGUGACUGUGAUUAUGACAAACCUGUGACCAGAUUCUCGCGAAACGCUCGACUCCUUAACCCUAACGACUAUCACGCGAUUCUUCAUUCAAUGGUUUCGGUCACAGAAUCGCCGCAAUCAUCUCCUCUUGAAGACGAGAAACUGGUAUUCAUAAACAUUUAUAAGAUUCACUGCCAAUGUAUUCUCGAUUCUGCUUUAAGUCAAAACUAUUCACAAAUGAGACAUUAUGUAAUUCAUUUCUGGCAUCAACUGCCAAAUCACGUCCAAAUCGACUUAGAAGUGCUUAAGAGUUUGGAUCUUAAUCUCUAUUCUACACUCGAAGACAUAUACCUAAGACUCGAUGCAAGUCUGGAUCAAUUGAGACACUUAUACGCCAUCGCAUCACUCAAUCCCUUAUGGUUGAGGAAAGCGUUGGAGAAUUACAGCAAUAAAUCGGUCUCUCGUUUGAAAUUAGAUGAAUCUUUGAAAUGGAAAUAUAGAGUGAAAUCAAAGUUUCAAUUCAUUCACAUCGCAAAGUCAUUAGACUUAACACAAAUCCAUUGCUCAGUGAAUGCGCUGCGAGAACUCAAUUACGAAGACCUAUAUCUAAUCAAUGACAACAUAAUGGAGUCGUUUAUUAGCAAAAGUCCGACUCUCGACAACAUUAUUGAGUCAAUUGACGAUAUGAUCAAAAAAUAUGGCAAACUAUUUAGUAAAGAGCUGGUCAUGCAAUUGAGUCAAACCCAUUCAUAUGCUCUCAAAUUAUUAACACAAAUGCAAUCCCAAAGAUUUGUGAGAUGUGCGGCAAAAUCGUUCAAAAAGGGCAAACUCUUGAAUUCGCGCAAAACUCCGUUC